AGUGGUUUUAUAAAAUCAUUUUUGAAACCGGAAUAGGAUGGAAACCUGCCGUACGGAAUCUGAACAUGUAGUAUUCCAACGCUGAGGUUGGCAUACCUUAGUGAAAUUGGAGGGAAAAUGUACAGACCUAUUCGAUGGUAAGAGAAUAUAAAUGCCAGUUGGAAUGUACACAAAGCACAUCAUGUCUAUUUUCUAAUCCUAAACCAACAGUGGUUUUAUAUUUUUUCUUUAUUUGGUUUGUUAGUAACCUAAUGGCUUCAGACACUUGUUUGCAUCAAUGUAAUGUGUUGUUUUGCGAGCUAUUCCAUCAUGGGAACAAAGCCACCACAGCCUUGACACUAUAGUCUCACAGCAAAUUUAAACACCUCCAUGGAAAACAAAUCGAUUCUAAAAACAACAAUAUUCUCUUUAUUUUUCAUCCUGGAGUUUAUCUUGGUGUUUUCCCUCCAGUAGACAAUACAUUUUUCUCUCCUUGUACAUGUGCUGCACACGCUGUUUAUCUCCUGUGUCAUUGUAUGGUGCCGUAAAUUACUUCAAGACAGACCGAUGACAUGCUGCGCAGUCAGAGCAUACUGAAAAGCCGCUGUUGCGUCUUGUUCAGUGACCUGAAGGUGCUCUUACUAGGGGCACCGGCACCGUCCACUCCGCUACCUACACUCACCUCCAUGAGCGGACAAACAUUGGACAACCAUGAGAGCGAGAACAUCCUUUCAGAUGUCAGUGUCUCUGACAACAACAACACGUUAGUGAGGGCGCAUCAACAAGAAGGAGGCUGUAGUGCCCUGCCGGCAGGGGGCGCUAGCGGGCCAGGGGCGGACAGAGACAGAGUGGCGGGAUGGGUUGAUGCAGCAGAGCUGUCAGCGGCAUUGCGUUGCAGCCGGUCCUCAGAUGACUACUCAAAAUCCCGCCUAGAGGAGCGGUUCUCCCUCACCAGCUACAGCGAGAGUGGCUUCAGGACUCCCCUGUGCAGGAUCUGCUUCCAGGGACCAGAACAGGGGGAGCUACUGAGCCCGUGUCGCUGCAGUGGGUCAGUCCGCUGCACCCACCAGCCCUGCCUCAUCAAGUGGAUUAGUGAGCGGGGCUCCUGGGCCUGUGAGCUCUGCUACUACAAGUACCAGGUCAUCGCCAUCAGCACCAAGAACCCGCUACAGUGGCAGGCCAUCUCCCUGACGGUGAUUGAGAAGGUCCAGAUUGCGGCAGCAAUCUUGGGCUCCUUGUUCCUGAUGGCCAGCAUCUCCUGGCUAGUGUGGUCCUCCUUCAGCCCCUCGGCCCGCUGGCAGCGUCAGGACCUGCUGUUCCAGAUCUGCUACGGCAUGUACGGCUUCAUGGACGUGGUCUGCAUCGCGUUGAUCGUCCACGAGGGACCAUCUGUGUUCCGCAUCUUUAAUCGCUGGCAGGCCGUCAACCAACAGUGGAAGGUUCUGAACUAUGACAAGUCUAUGGACAGCGAGGACCUGAAGGCAGCCGCCACUGACAGCACUGUGUCCCAUCCCAGCCAGGGUCAGCAGGCUGGGCUUGCAGUGUCCACCUCCACCUCUUCCUUGAUGGGACCAGCCCCAGCCGCCCAGGCCUCCUCCCCUGCACCCCCCACAGGCUCUGGACCCGCUCUGCCCCCCCAGGCUGACCAGGACAAUGGGACUGCAGCACCUGACCAACACUGUCCAUACAACAUCCUCCACCUCCUCAGCCACCUGAGGCAGUCUGAGGCCCGCAGCCAGCCUAACAACGGCACCCGGGAGUUGGUCAUGAGAGUAACUACAGUCUGAGGAUUUAUUUGAUGCCUUAUUGUGUAUAGGUGUGGGGGAUUUUUAAACCGAUAUGGGAAUAAAAGGCCUUGCCUUGAUUGUUUCAAAUGUAUCUUUGAUGACCUAAUAGGGAUCAA